GUACGUUGCAGGCUUGCUCCUGCUCUUCUUCGACCCAGCCACCUGCUUCAAGGUCUUGACUGUCCUCAACGACAGUCCGAAGUACCUGCCUGGAUACUGGCGUGGAGAGGCAACUGCCUGCACGGUUGAUGGGUAUGUGUGCGAGAGUUUGCUGAAGCAGCCCGUCAGACAACGCUUGAAGGAGCUUGGAUUGCUCCCAGAGACCUUCGUGCAGAAGUGGUUUGCCGGGCUCUGCAUCCACCAUCUCCCCUACGGCAUCCUUUUCGACUUUUUGGACAACUUCUUCGAAUCAGGCAACACCUAUUUGUUUCAGUUCUUUCUGGCCUUCUUUGAUGAGUUUGAGGCCGAGAUCCUGAAUGCCGCUAACAAUCGCGAAGCAAAGAUGCUGAUACGCUUCGAAUCAGCCCGGCAAGAGCGCCUGGCCAACGUUGUUCAGGCAGCGACUGAGGAAAGGUAUGCCGGGAGAGUAAAAUCGCUGGAUGUUCAUCGGUGCCGCAUUACAGCAUUCCAGGACACACUGUCAAGAAGGCUCCAAAGUGCGAAUGAAGGUAUGUGGCAAAAAACGGACGAUGACAUUACUACCUUCUCGGAUGAGGAGGAUGGAUGA